CCACCCAUUUUAAAACUUGAACUUAAAGGUUCAAUUAAUUUGGAGCAUUGAGUUCUUGAAGUUUCGAUAUUUUUGGGGAUCUCUUGAUAAAGUCAACCUUUCUCCUUCCUUAAUAUUUGUAGGUAUCAAUCUGGGGUUGGUAAUAGUUUGUUUAGUAGUUACUGGUGCAUGGGUGUUGCCCAAAAUGUUAAAGAGAAGGAAAAUGAAGUUUCGACGCCAAUUCUUCAAGCAAAAUGGAGGCUUAUUAUUGCAACAACAAUUGUCUUCAAUUGAAGGUAAUGUUGAAAAGACCAAAAUAUUUAGUACCAAGGAGUUGGAAAGGGCAACUGAUAACUUUAAUAAGAAUAGAAUACUUGGUCAGGGAGGUCAAGGCACUGUUUACAAAGGAAUGUUGGUUGAUGGAAGAAUUGUCGCAAUUAAGAAAUCUAAAGAAUUAGAUAAAGAGAAAAUUAAAGAUUUUAUCAAUGAGGUGGUCAUUCUUACACAAAUUAAUCAUAGAAAUAUUGUUAAGUUAUUAGGGUGUUGUUUGGAGGCUGAAGUUCCUUUGCUAGUUUAUGAAUUCAUUCCCAAUGGGACACUUUUCCAGUACAUACAUGAUGAAAAUGAGGACUUCCCCUUAUCUUGGGAAAAUCGAUUAACAAUUGCAUCAGAAGUUGCAUCUGCCAUUUCCUACUUGCACUCAGUAGCCUCCAUUCCUAUUUAUCAUCGAGAUGUCAAAUCCUCAAAUAUUUUACUAGAUGAAAAGUAUAGGGCAAAAGUUUCGGACUUUGGGGCAUCAAGAUCGAUUGCUAUUGAUCAAACUCAUUUGACCACAAAUGUUCAGGGCACAUUUGGGUAUUUAGAUCCUGAAUAUUAUCAGUCAUGUCAAUUUACAGAAAAGAGUGAUGUUUACAGCUUUGGAGUUGUCCUUGUUGAGCUCUUAAUUGGAGAAAAACCAAUUUUUUUAGAAAGGACAGAAGGUGGAAGAAGUUUGGCCUCUCAUUUCAUUCUUUCUAUGGAAAAGAAUGACCUCUUGAAUAUUCUUGAUGCUCGAGUCAAGGAUAGUUCUGCACACGAAGAACUUAAAAAGGUUGCUGAACUUGCAUAUAGAUGCUUAAGCUUGAGCGGUAAAAAGCGGCCAAAGAUGAUAGAAAUUGCCAUGGAGUUGGAGCAGAUUCGUUUUUCACAAAACAAGUCAAAUGAUCAAAAAAAUCAUGAAGAGAUUAGAAAUGCCAGGACUGAAGUAACCAAUCACUGGGAUGUUGCCUCCUCCUCCGGAGCUGCUUUGUCAAUAGACAUGGAACCACCAUUUUCAAGUGAAUCAUGGGGAUUGUCAGAAAAGCAAGUGAGCUCAAAUAUCAAAUGAUAUAGGUGGAAAUAGACUAUGUUUUGUAUGGGUGUAGUUUCAUUAUUACUUGUCAUAAUAUUAUUAUGAUUAGUAAAGAAAUUGAAACUAAAAUAGCUUUAAUAUU